AUGUCGCCACAGAUACAACGCCUUCGCAUGCGCCUGUUGAGAUUCGAUUUCUCACUGAUCACCGCUGACACGUUAUUCAGAGCCCCUGUAGCCCGGCAGGACGAUCAGUACCGUACUGAAGAGGAGAUCGAUUUAUACGUCCAACACGUAUCGGCCUCCCUUUCGGCCUCCAACACACAGUUUGAGCGAAUCAGAGAAAAACAAGAAGACGAAGUUUGUCAAACACUGAGGCAAUACUGCAACGAAGGUUGGCCAGAUAGUACCAGAGUACCAGACGCACUUAAACCUUACUGGCAGACUAAGGAUGAUCCCUCGGUUGUCCAUGGAUUGCUCCUGAAAGCUGAACGGAUUGUAAUCCCAACUGCCAUUAGUUUGGAGAUGGCACUCUUGUACGCUUUCGCGUACAAGAGGGCCAUCAAGGUGUUACGAAAUGCAGAGAAAGAGCGAAAAGGGCGCUGUGGUGGCCAGGUCUA